CUUUGCACCCACUUGGUCCAACGAGGUCCAACAGUGCCUGGAUCCGUUUCUGUGUCAAAAGGAAGGAGAGUCGCCAUGUUUCCUGCCAUCGUCGAUGCACCUUUUUUGUCUUUCUUCUGCUUUUUUUUUUAAUGCUGCAGUUCUUGCUCUCUUGAGAGAAAAAAAAAAGUAUUUAGAGUUCACUCCUCGUCGCCAAUGUAAUGUCCGUAAUGCUUCAAAGAAAAAGAACCGGACAACGGACUGCAACCAAGUAUCGGCUUUAUUUCCGAACACGCCUCAUUACAUCCCUCUAGAACCGUCUCCCGGUGUUUUACACCUGUUUGAGUAUAUAUCUCUUUUUGCCACUAGAUGGGGUAGUUUCACACCAAACAUGUCACACAAAUGUGAACACCACAUGCAGGUGUGUUUUUGUGUGUUCGUGCAUUAGCCUGCAUAUAUGCAGGUGUGUGUUUGUGUGUUCAUGCAUUAGCCUGCAUAUGUGCAGAUGUGUGUUUUUGUGUGUUAGUGCAUUAGCCUGCAUAUGUGCAGGUGUGUGUUUUUGUGUGUUAGUGCAUUAGCCUGCAUAUGUGCAGGUGUGUGUUUUUGUGUGUUCGUGCAUUAGCCUGCAUAUGUGCAGAUGUGUGCACCUGUUUUGGUGUUUGUUCACGUCAGACUGACAGGUGAACUGAACGUGACGCAGAACCCAGCAUCCACCACCUGAGAUCUGACAUCAUGAGGGGGCGUGGCUCUGCGUUGGCGCUCACAUGCGCAGAUUGUGUCUGUCCGUCUCUGCAGGAUGAGAAGCAGCGGCUGGAGACUCAGCUGUCUGGGAUUCCCAGGAUGCAGCAGAGGCUGUCAGAGCUGCGCCACCUGCUGGGGGAGGAGGAGCGUGACAACAGCGGACAGGGGUCUGAGGAGUGACGGUUUUACAGAACGCCGGUCCAACAUUUUCAGUCUCAUCUGGAUUUGGAAGAGUUUGACCCCCCUUCCACUUCCAGAGUGUAACCCACAGCCUCAGGACAGACGCUGCACCACAGAGACAUUUGGAACCACCUGAACACAACCAGCGGGAUCCUCGUGCUGGUUUUGCUGAAUUUGUUUGCACACAUCUCUGCCUGCUUCCAGGUGACUUCCAGCGGGUCAUGUGACUAGUGAUGUCAUCAGACUUUAUUGAUCAAAGGUAGAAAUUCAAGUUCUGUUUUAGGAAAUGUGUGGAUGAAGGUCCUCGUUCAUCCAUGCUUUAGGAAAUCUGAUUUUAAGAUCAAUAUUCUGCUGCUGUAUCAAUCACAUGAGGAAAUGAAGGUGCCUUACAAAAUAAAAGUCCCGAAUGACCAUUUCAAAAUAAAGGGCGCGUGUGUGUGUCUCGGGGGGAGGGGGCGUCGAGAUCGAAGUUGUGCGAGUUCCGAAAGAUCACGUCGGCUGCCCCUUACUCCUGAGUCUGGACGGGUUUGAGCCGGUCCCGGUCCACAGAACCCUCCGAACCUGCUUGAGUCGCUCCGGAGCGCGUGCACCGGGGCGGGGUCUGCGCCGGACCUGUUGUGCGGAUCUCCUCGCGCUGCAGGACACCGCAGGAACUUACCCGGACCUCCUGAGACCCGGCGCACCGUGGGACUGGAGUGGAAACCGCGUUCAGGAAACUGGCACCCGAUGAAGGAGGUUCCUUCCCACAGUCCUCCUCGCUGUAGCAGGUAAAGGGGAGCUGCCAUGUUGGCCUCCUCCUCCCAUCUAUACACCCUCCACGUCAUUCUUGCCCUCCUCUGCCCUUCCCAAGUGGAGGCCUCAGUGCAGCGGGUAAAACUGGAAAGUGCACCUUUGUCUCACCUUCUGCUUGAUGAGCAAACCGGGCAGCUGUAUGUGGGCGGAGUCAACAACCUAUAUCAGCUGAACUCUAACCUGGAGGUCCUAGCACAUGUGAAGACCGGGCCCAACCUGGACUCCCCGGACUGUCUCCCUCCAAUCAGUCAGCAGGACUGUCCAUCAGCAACCGUCACUCCCAAUCACAACAAGCUGCUUCUGCUGGAGGAUGGUGUAGGGGAGGAGCCGGGGAACCUCAUUGUUUGUGGUUCUCUCUUCCAAGGAAUCUGCAACAAGAGAAGUCUUUCCAACAUCUCCCACAUCAUCUAUCAGACAUCAAAUCCAGUUGACACUCAAUAUGUUGCUGCCAACGAUCCUCGUGUCUCCACUGUCGGUGUGAUAAUAACAGCAAAGGGCAAACAGGAAGAGGAGGGGGCUUCUGGCACACUGCAUUUGCUGCUUGUUGGUCGAGGUUACACCAGCAGAGGGCCGGGUGACAUCCCACCAAUCACAACACGACGCCUUUUCCCAGCGAAUUCACUUCGGAGAGCGUUUUCUCAGGAAGAGGAGCUGGGAAAACUUGUUGUAGGAAGUUACUCUGAAUACAACAACCACUUUGUGAAAGCAUUCAUAUACGGUAACCAUGCUUACUUCCUGUUCUCCCGGCGGGACAUGUGGCACAGAAAGGAGUACCGGACUUACGUCUCGCGACUCUGCAUAUCUGAUCGGAGCUUCUACUCUUAUGUGGAGGUACCAUUGUUAUGCCGAGGUGGCUACAACCUCGCACAGGGGGCAUGGUUAUGGAAAUAUUCAGGAAAAGCUACCCUGUUUGUCGUCAUGGCAACUGGACAAGCAUCAACACCUGUAGCAACAAGUCAUUCUGCACUUUGUGUUUAUGGGAUGGACGCUCUGGAUGCUCUAAUGCAACAAGCACAGGAGGUGUGUUAUACAGAGGCAGGACAGGGCCGCAGCGGAGGCGAAGAGGCCUACAUUGAAUAUGCCGUAUCCUCCAAAUGUCUCAGACUGCCAAAGGACUCUCUGUCUGAGUAUCCCUGUGGGGGGGAACACACCCCCAGCCCAAUUGCUAGUGCUGUGGCUCUUCCAGCCACACCCACUGUGACCAUGCUCACGCUGCUGACUGCGGUCGCCGUAGCAACAGAGGCUGGACACACUAUCGCUUUUCUGGGAGAUGUCAAGGGACAACUGCACAAGGUGUUUGUGCGUCCUGAUUGGUCAGGGGAUUUGUAUGGCAGCUUGGCGGUGGACAGUGGGGCUGUUGGUGCUGACCUGCUGCUUGAUGUGAGCCAACAGUACCUUUAUGUUUUAACUAAUGAUAAGCUUUCCAAGGUGCCCGUGUCCUCCUGUGAGAGACAGACAGACUGCAGCUCCUGUCUGUCUGUCAGAGACCCGUACUGCGGCUGGUGUGUCCUGGAGGGGCGGUGUGUUCACAAACACGAGUGUCAGCGGCACCUGCAGGCCAACCAUUGGCUUUGGAGCUUUGAGUCAACCAAUCAGUGUGUGACAGUGCAGAACCUACAACCAGCCAAUCAGAGCAGGGCAGAGCAAACCCAGGUAACGCUGUCAGUUGCCCAGCUUCCUGCCCUUGAAAAGACAGAGUUUCUGUCUUGCAUCUUCGGACAGCUCUCCCCCCAGCCGGCUGUCAUUGUUGGAACAAAAGUCACCUGUCAAUCACCUGAGCCGGAGCUCCUCCCUACCACGCCUACAGGAAAAGAUCACAUGAUCCUGCCUGUCUCUCUGACGCUCGGUCAUGUAACCAUCACCACAGGAAACAUGACUUUCUACGAUUGUGGGUCUGUGAGCCGACUGAACCAGAGUUCCCAGUGUGUUGCUUGUGUCAGCUGUGUGUGGGGGUGUAACUGGUGUCCUAUAGAACAGCUGUGCACUCACAACCACAGCUGCCCCACCCCGAACAUCAUCCUAAGCCAGAGGGGCUCAUCUGGUCCAUCUUCUUGUCCUCUGGUCUUCUCUCUGAGAAGUUCUGCCUUAGUGCCCAUGGGCCAGAGCACUACAAUAGUGCUGGAGGGAAGGAACUUAGACCUGUACACUAAUGAAGGUGACUACGAGUGUGUCAUUGAAAUCGAGAAUGUGCAGCUCAACCUGACCGCUACCGAGGAGAAAACGGCAGAAAAUACUCAUAUCCUUACCUGCAAAAGCCAAAAGUUCCACUAUUCCACCAGCAGGCUGCAGUAUUCAGCCCCAGUCUACCUACGUAGAGGAAACAGGCGCAUUGACACACUUCCUGAACUUCAGGUCCACCUCUAUGACUGCUCAGCUGGUCAAUCAGAUUGCUCACAGUGCUGGGCGGUACCUAGGGAGUACGGGUGUGUUUGGUGUCCUGGAAGACCCGCCCCCAUCUGUGUUUACAACCAGUCAUGCUUCAGCGAGCCUGCUGACACCUGUCCACCUCCUCAAAUAACACAGGUGGUUCCUGUCACCGGGCCUUUGGAGGGAGGGGUCCUCCUGACAAUCACUGGGUCUAAUCUGGGCAUGAGGUACCAGGACGUGGUGGGCAGGGUUCACGUGGCAGGUGUUCCAUGUGUGCCGCAGAUGGAAGGUUACCAGAUCUCCACCAGGGUUGUGUGUGAGCUGCAGCCCAGUGGGAAGCAGAGGGUGGGGCCGGUCUCGUUUUCUAUGGGAACAAGUCUGCCUGGAGGUUCCACACAGAUUUUCACCUAUCAGGACCCCCACUUACUGGAUCUUGUUCCUGACAAAGGUCCAGUCUCAGGAGGAACCAGAGUGAGCAUUAGAGGGCGCCACCUGCUGACAGGUCAAAUGUCAGACCUGAGUGUCUUCUUGGGUCCUUGGCCCUGCCGUAUCCUGGGGGAGGUGAACGACACCAGGCUGGUGUGUCAGACUGGAUCUAGUAACCAGACUGGGGAGGUUCCAGUUUGGGUUUUGUUUGGAAAAGCUAAGCGAACGGUUCCGAAGCGUGCCUUUCGUUACCUUGAUGACCCCAUGAUCACGGACGCCAUGCCAGCUGAGAGCUUCUGCGCCGGUGGGCGCAUCAUUGUGGUAACGGGCAGGAAUCUGGACGUUGUGCAGCAGCCAAUCAUGUCAGUGUGGGUGGAGCCUCAGGAGGUGCAGAGAGUCAAACGCAAAAGACGAGUGGCUUUUCUCACCGCCAAACAGCAGCUGGUCUUCAACAGCACAAUGGCGACGGUGUCAGAGCGCUGCUCUGUCCUGUCAUCCUCCCAGAUGACCUGUCCCACCCCCGCUGUGUUUCCAGAUCUUAAAGUGAAAGGUGUUUGGUUUCAGCUGGACAAUGUCCAAGUCCACUUCGAAAGCAUCAAGGGUAAAAGCUUCACCUAUUAUCCAAACCCAAAGCUUUUCCCCCUAAACAGUGAAGCUGCAGAUGUCCCAUAUCAUUUCAAACCUGGAGGAGUGAUCGCUGUGGAGGGUCGGGACCUGACUAGAGCCAUGGGUAGAAGGGAAGUGAUAGCUCGGCUUGGGGACCAGAAGUGUGAGGUGAAGACUUUGGACAGCACUCACCUGUACUGUGAACCCCCAGAGGUUCAGCCAAUGAGUGUGGACGACGGUCACCAACUUCCAAGACUAAAGGUGUUCAUGGGGAACCUAAAGGUGGACCUGGGGCUGGUUCAGUAUGACAGUGAUUCCAUGCUGUCUCCUGUCCCAUUGGCUGCUCAGAUUGGUCUGGGGGCGGGAGCUGCUGCCAUCAUUCUCAUGGUGCUGGUGGUCAUUCUCAUGUACAGGAGGAAGAGCAAACAGGCUCUCAGAGAUUACAAGAAGGUCCUGCUUCAGUUGGAAACUAUGGAGAUCAACGUUGGAGAUCAGUGCCGCAAAGAGUUCACUGACCUGAUGACCGAGAUGAUGGAUCUGAGCAGUGAUGUUGGGGGUCCUGGGCUUCCUUUGCUGGACUACAGGGUCUAUGCAGAGAGAGUCUUCUUUCCAGGCCAACAGAUGGCGCUCCUUAGCCGGCAACUAGAUCUGCCAGAGUCCAGAAGGCUGACCGUGGAACAAGGCCUUCAGCAGCUCAUUAACCUGCUUAACAAUAGACUCUUCCUCACUAGGUUCAUCCACACUCUGGAGGCCCAGCAGGGUUUCUCUCAGAGAGACCGGGGCUACGUGGCCAGCCUGCUCACAAUAGCUCUGCACGACAAGCUGGAGUACUUUACAGAGGUCAUGAAGAGUCUGCUGCAGGACCUGGUGCAGCAGUAUGUCACCAAAAACCCCAAGCUCAUGCUGCGCCGGACAGAAACAGUUGUUGAAAAGAUGUUGACCAACUGGAUGUCCAUCUGCCUCUACUCCUUUCUCAAGGAGGUGGCAGGUGAGCCACUCUACAUGCUCUACCGGGCCAUAAAGUACCAGGUAGACAAGGGUCCGGUGGAUGCUGUGACAGGAAAGGCCAAGCGGACGCUAAACGACAGCCACCUGCUGCGAGAGGACAUCGAUUACUGUGCCAUGACUCUAACUGUCUUGGUGAAGAACGGGGUGGAGGUUCAGCCAUGUCCUGUUAAAGUCCUCGACGUUGACACCAUCACACAGGUGAAAGAUAAAAUCUUGGAUCAGGUCUACAGAGGAGCGCCCUUCUCUCAGAGACCUGCGGCCGACAGCCUGGAUCUGGAGUGGCGUUCGGGUCAGGCUGGUCAUCUGACCCUUUCAGAUGAUGAUGUCACAGCAAUUGUUCAGGGUCACUGGAAACGCCUUAACACGCUGCAGCACUACAAGGUUCCUGAUGGGGCCACUGUGGCUCUGAUUCCUCGAUCACAGAGUUCAGGAGGAAUCAGUCAGGUUUUCCAGACUGGAGAGAAAACGCCAAUGCUGGAGGGCGAGGAGGAGGAAGGUUUCCGUUUGUGGCACCUGGUGAAGAGCAGUGAAGAUCCAGAAAUCCCAAAACACAGGAAGAGCAGCAUGAGGGAGAGGGAGAGGGCCAAAGCCAUACCCGAGAUUUACCUGACCCGGCUGCUGUCCAUGAAGGGAACACUACAGAAGUUUGUGGAUGAUGUCUUUGUGGCCAUCCUCAAUACAAAGCGUCCCCCUCCCAUUGCUGUCAGGUUCUUCUUCGACUUUUUGGAUGACAUGGCUGAGAAACACGGGAUUGAUGAUCCAGACACUGUCCACAUCUGGAAGACUAACAGUCUCCCUCUGAGGUUCUGGGUCAACAUUCUGAAGAAUCCACAGUUUGUUCUGGAUGUUCAGAUCACAGACAGCAUUGACGCCAUCCUGUCUGUCAUUGCUCAGACGUUCAUCGACUCAUGCACGACCUCUGAACACAAAGUUGGACGGGACUCUCCGGUAAACAAACUCCUGUAUGCCAGAGAGAUUCCAAGAUACAAACAGCUAGUGGAGAGGUAUUACAGUGACAUCCGCAGUGCUGCAUCAGGAUGUUACCAGGAGAUGAACUCCUAUCUGACUGAGCUUUCAGGGAGUUUUGCAUCAGAGAUGAACAGCGUUGUCGCCCUCCACGAACUUUACAAGUACAUCAGCAAAUAUUACGACCAGGUCAUCAUGUCCUUGGAGGAGGAUGCCUCGGGUCAGAAGAUGCAGCUGGCGUACCGACUGCAGCAGGUUGCCGCCCUGGUGGAAAACAAAGUCACUGACCUCUGAUCAACGUGUGCAGAGGAGAAAAGGAUGCAGAACCUGGAUUCAAGCAAGAAACAGAACUGGGACUUAGUGUGUGGACGCACAUGCAUAUGUGUGUGUGCAUCAGUGUGCAUGUGUGUGUGAGUUGUGUAAUUAUCUUAUAUUAGGAGGUUACAGUCAGACAUGGUGAUUCCGUCACUCAGCAGCAGCUCUUAAUCUCAUCUAUUAGAUGUAAAACGAGUUGGAUUAACUUUAAAUUACAAUUAAAUUUGUGUUGAUUUUAAAAUAGCAUUAAGCUAAAUAAGCCGACCUGACACCAGCCUGACCACGACAAUCUAUCCAAUGAAUAAUCAGGGAAUAAUGUCACCUGCUGCCUUGGACUACAUUUCCCAGAACACUCUGCUGUUUGUGAGCCAAAAAGCACAACUUAAAUAAUUUUUGCUAUGAUCUUCUCUAUUGCUCAUCUGAGACAAAGCUGAUCUCAGAUCUGCUGUUUUGUAUAUUUUGACUUUUCUACCUGAGCCGGCAGUUCUUAGAUGUUCCGAGAGCAAUUCUAGGCAAUAAGGGAAUCCGAAUCAGGGAGCUUUUCCUUCCUCCACAUCUCAGUGUGAUUCCAGUUUCUUUACUCUGCACAUGUGAACGCGUCUAAACAUCCUCUUUGCUCCAUUUCUGUAUAUUAAAAGCUUGAGGUGUCUAAACAGGUCAGCUGGAAGUCUGACUGAUGCUCCGUUGUUCUACACAACCCUGUCUGUCAUUGCAGCUUCUUAUUAGUAAAGCCCCCCUGAUCCAAGUUAUGAGUAGUCAGUAGAUUUAAAAAGUUGGAGUAACAAACCAGACGGUAGUCCUAUAGGCCCAGAUUUGGACACUACUGACGAUGUUCUGUUAUUGGACAGAUUUCUGACAGGAAGUUUUUGUGGGAAAUAAAGGAAGAGGAGAUCUAUUACAAGAGGAAACACUGUUACCGUAGACUAAAUGUAUUUUGGAAUGAGAGUUCUGCCAGCUGCUGCGCUUGUGGAGCAGGCUGGUGAGCAGUGUGAGCAGAGCCACUCCUAACCAGAGCAACACUUCUAUUUUUAGACGAGACACUGACUUCACGUGGAAUAACGUUAAACUUGAACGUCGAAGCUGCCGGUAUUCGACGCUAAAAAAGCAAUCUGUGAUCUAAUUGUGAGUGUGCGUGUUUGUGUGUGUGUUUUAGCUAGACACUAACUUAUUGUGUGUUUAUAUUUAUCAACUCCAGCUGUGCCUUCACUGCUGCAGCUAUGUGGCGGUGUUUGUUUUUAUUGGUAGCUGUUUCGCUUAUCUGUCCCAAUGCAUGAUGGGAACUACAAAUCCUAUGGACUCGAUACAACAGGGAAAUGAAAAGACCCAGAACAACAGUGGAGCAGACCCAGUUCUGCAGCUUCCUUCUUUUUUUGAUGUUCCUUUCUGUGUUUGUAGUUGGUAGUUCUUGAUCUCGUAGAGUUCUGCAUGCCUUGAUGAUGACGGUUCAUGGUGCUCUCUUCUUUCUUUUCAUUGUUUAUAAAUCAGGGGGCGGGACUUACGGCCUGCCAUGUUCCUUUGUACAGUUCUGUACUGUGCUCUGAUUGGUGAAGCUCUGCUCGAUGCCGUUUUCUACAGGAGUUUGACAUCCAUGUGAGGAAGCUGUUCUACCAGCUGUGUGCAGUUUGUUAAUGAUGUGUACAUAUAUCUGUCUGAGGAAGAGGUGAUGGCUCGCCCUCAAAUAAGGUUUUAUUAUGAAAAGACCAAACUCAUUUUGUAUGAUAAAAAAUAAAGUUAUAAUUUUAACUAC